UUAAAAUUGAGUAAAAUCUUUUUGAAAAAGCGAAAAUUAUGAAAAUCUUUAAUUAAGGCGAUAAUUGUGAUAUUAAGGAUGGCAAAUUUAAGUUCAGGAUAUCCAGCAGAGUAUUUUAAUAGUGACGACGAUGAGUAUUAUGUGAAUGAUAGCCCAGAAAAGCUGAAAAUUGAUCUUCGGAAAAAUACAGAUGAACAAAGUGUAGCAAAAAUUAAAUUAAUUAAGCCUCUCGGUAUUGAGGCUGGAUUGGAGAAACGGGAUUUCGAUAUAUCACUAGAUAAUAACUCUCAGCAGUGGUUCGAUCAGAUCUAUCAAUAUUGGAAACAAUAUAAGAAAUCACCUGUGCUCUCAUCAGUCAUACAGAAGUUCUAUCAGAAUGUCUCCGAUCCAUUUAUAUACGCCCUUAAAUUCUUCGCCAAUGCGAGUGAUCACUCAAAUCCAAAAAGUAAUUCUUUUGCGUAUACAAUUUUGGAUGAAUUGGCGAAAUUCAAGAAAAUGUGCAACCUUGACACAGCGUUGUUGCUUGAUGACAACAAAAAAAUGGUUGCAUUCAAUUUCCUUAAAAAGAGCGGACAAAUAACGGCGUUUAGACUUGUUGUGGAUAUUUUUGAAUUAAUUAAAUCCAAGCAUCUUUUUAUACCUGAAAUCCGUGAUCUGGUAGCUACAAAACAUUUUAAGGAAGCUGGUCAAAUAGCAUUUGACUUGGAAUUGUACAAUGACUUUUCAAUCGAUGAAUUCCUGAUUCCUUUAAUUCUACAAGACAAAUUAGGCAUUUUUGAAGACUAUUUGGACAAGGCAGUCAACUUGCGAGUUCCAAUGAUUCAGCUAUUGGAUUCAUUUUUGCAGCGUGACUCGUCCGUUCGUCAGGUCUGUGAUUAUUACAUCAGAAAGUAUGAGUUACAGGACGUAAAAUAUGAGAAAUUAAAUAAGAAGACAGUAGCAAAGCUACUUAACAGACUGUUGAAAAAAUACCAAUUACCUGAUUCGAUAACGCCAAACAUGAAGAAGCAGAAGGAAUUUGGCUCAUUAUUUUUCAUUUUACGUAAGAAUUUCAUCGAAAAGAGCCUCAAUCAAGCUUCAUUCGAGGAAAUGGUUAAAGACACAAUCGGUUCAGAAAACAAAGAAUUGCAGCAAGAACUAGUUUGUAGCUGUGUUAAUUACGGAUCCUUAGAGGAUGCCAUUAAAUGGACAAAGUACUAUAAUGUUGAUUUAAGUGAGGUACCGAAAGUUAUUCGUGAUAAUAUUAAUAAUGAUAAGUUUACAAAUUUUGAAUCUACAAAUAAAGAAAAUGAUAAUAAUUCGGUAUCAUUGGAUGGAGAAUGUGUUCAUACACUGCCGUUAAACAAGUGCUGUGUUAUAUUAGUUAAUGAAAUUGAGCUAUAUCGUGAAAUGAUUAACGAUCUGCAAACAUCAAAAAUUAUAUCUUUUGAUACCGAAUGGAAGCCAACGAUACUAGCUUGCAGUGACGUAUCGCUCAUACAACUUGCCAAACGUGAUAGAAUCUACUUGGUCGAUGUUAUAACAUUAAUGCAACAUAACAUGUCAAGUAGAGAUUGGAGCUUACUUGGACGAUGUAUUUUCAAUAAUGAGGAAAUAUUGAAAUUAGGCUUUGCUCACUCCACUGACAUUUCUAUGCUGGUUAAAUUCCAGGCAUUUGGCAUUCAACAUAAUCAGUCUUCACAUUCGUAUUUAGACCUUCAAGGUUUAUGGCAAAAAGUCAUAAACUUUCCCGAUUUCCGUUUUCCAUUCCACGACGAUGUCUCAUCGCAGAGCUUAUCAAAUCUGGUGAAAUUAUGUCUAGGCAAGAAACUAGAUAAAAGUAAUCAGUUUAGUAAUUGGCAACAAAGACCAUUAAGAGCCGAACAAAUCACUUAUGCAGCACUCGAUGCAUUCUGUCUCUUUGAAAUUUACGAUAUCAUUGGAAAUGCCAUCGCAAAAAUGGGUAUAAAUUAUGAUGAAUUGAUUAAUAAUAUCUUGAUGGAAAAUAAGCGCGAUAUUGCUUCAUUGACAAAAAAGGAAUCAAGACAAAGAACUCAAAACAAUCAACAACAACAACAUCCAUUGCCUGACAUUAUUUAUAGACAACCGAAAAGUAUUCGUGAAAUUUCCUUUGUAACUGAUUACAUGAUUGGUGGAGUUGGAAAGAUUUUACGUCAAGUGGGAAUCGAUACAAGAAUCCUUAAAGGGGAUUACGUCGAUCAUGACGAAUGCAUCAAGUAUUCACAAAACGAAAAUCGAAUAAUUUUGUCAGCUAGUAAACCGUUAUGCAGCAGAUAUCAAAAGUACACAAAGCCUGGAUUUUCGUAUGUGUUGAACAACUUGAAUGACAUUGCAGCACUGGAAGAAAUAAUAAAGACAUUUAAAAUCAACAUUAAGCACGAACACAUAUUUAGUCGUUGUAUGGUUUGCAAUUGCGAUGAAUUUUUAAUUGCCUCGAAAUUUGACUUGAUAAGAAUAAAGUACAACAGGCAGUCAAUACCAAAUGAUUUGAUGCCAUUUUUAACGGAUAUUGAAGAGUCAUCAAAAAUUAUAUUUCCGGAACACAAAGCAUUCUUUGCAUGGAGACGUUAUAACAUGGAACAAGCUACAAAGUAUGGUACAAAAAUUAAUGCAGAUUCUGUUGCGGACGGAACUUUGCGAGUUUUUCAGACAUUCUAUAUUUGUGAAUCAUGCUCAAAAAUUUAUUAUGAUGGGGGACAUUAUCAGAACACAUGCGGUGGUAAAUUUGAUCAUCUUUUGAACCUCUAUCCUGAUGCAAACAAAGCAUAAUUGGACAUAAUCAAUAAUUAUUUUAAAUUCUCGAGAAAAAAAAUGUAAACAAAAAAAUUAACAGUCG